AUGUCAAACGCUAUGGAGACACUGGAGCGCUUCUUCGACAGCCAAAGAAUAAAGGUAAUCCCCGAAGGCUUCCACAACGAAUCGAUCCCUGAUCAAAUGCUUGAGCGUGUUGAAGACUGGCUCGAGUGCGAUGCUAAAGAAUCCGCAUUCAUAUGGCUUCAAGGGCCUCCGAAGUUGGCAGAGGAUCAUCAAAACAGCACGUCUCUCCUUGCAGCCACGCUCACCGAGUUGGGCUGGGAGUACACGUUAACACAUGAAGGGUCAAUGCCUCUAGUAUCGUACUUUUGCAGUAUCACCAGCCAAGGCCCGCGCGAGGGUAAUCCUUCAAAGGAGGCCGAAGGGGUUGUGUCACUUGUCUAUGCAUUGCUGUAUUAG